AUGUGGCUCGACGGCCCCUGGUUCCCAUUCAUCCUCGACACCAUCACUGGGCACGCCGACCCAGACACGCAGCGCACCCUGCGCCAGACGUGCCGCCGCAUCCGCGGGGUGGUCGACCGUGAGCUGUUCAAGCAUGCCAUGAUCCGUUCGCCUACCGACCAAGGCUUCGCCGUCAGUGCCCGUUACAUCAGGGCUGGCCUACCCCUGUGCCGCAUUGCGUCCGACGAGGACUGGACCGACCCGUACGACGAUGCCGACACGGCAGCUGUGCUCGCCCUCCUCGCCCCAACGAAGAUACUCGACGUUUAUGGCCACAUGCCGCCGGCUUUCCGCCACUGGUUUGCAUCCAUCAACCCAAGGAGGCAUUUCGGCUCCCUCUGGGAGCCCUACACGGCACACUACACCGGUCGCAAGCUCGUCGUCUUCCGUCACCUCUCGUCGCAGGACGAUGUCCGCCCCCGAUGGCUCCAUAUGGCGCUUGGUCCCAGCCUGCGCACGCUUGUCGUCAACAUCAUAUUCGAGCAGCAACUCGACCCCCGCAUCCUGCUCGCCGCUGGCGGCGAAGUCCCCAACCUCGGUGACAUCGAUGAGCUUGUCGUCGUGCUGGCGCCGCAGGGCCGCCGCUGCCCCUUUCCUCGCGCCAAGCCAACCGAGUACGGCGCCUUCUUCAACAUCUACCACCUCGUGGCGCAGUACACCGACCACUCGCUCAAGAGCACCAUCGUCGGCAUGGAGAGCAUCGACUGUCGCUGGCUUGGCAGCUCCAGCCCCCUCGACAGCGCCGAGAUCGUCCAGAGUGCCCGCAAGAUCAUCAACAAUCUCGCCAACCACUACUUCGAAAAGGAGAAGGGCUUUCCCAUGUUGCCCAUGGAAGCUUUUCAGUUCAACUCGCUUCUCACGUUCAUGACUCUGAACGAGUAUCGCGCCGCCGUUGGUGAGGACGAGUUUGCUGUCAACACUGUUGCCUGA